UUGGCUACGCCGAAUACACCCCAUCCGCCGCAAGCUCUCCCUCCGGUGCCUGCGCUGCGCUAACCAUCGACAGCGAUUGUGGUCUCGACAACGCAGCCCCCGAAUUUGCCUCCGCCUCUUCUUACCUAUAUUCUGGAAGGGGCAGCUCACCAUUUACCAAAACUACCUAUCACCGUGCCGUCAUGGGCGGUGCUGCUGAAUUUCCAGACAGAGCUUCUUCCCCGCUAAAACGACGCGCUUCCAGCAUGGAACCUGAUAUUGCAGACCAAGAUGCAGCUGAAGAUGUCGACAUGAUUGCUGCACCGCCGUCCAACGUACAAGAAGCACCCAAACCCGAACAACCUAACGGUCACAUUGCAACCAAUGCAGGUCCCGCAGUGAAUGGCCAUGAUGCUGAUGCAACGGCCGAGGAAGCAGUUCAGCCAAUGGAUAUAUCACCAACACGGCAACCACCGGAAUCCAUAGAGGCACACGUAAAGGCCAUCAGAGCAUUUGUGGAAGAGCAGAAUACACGCCCACUCACAGAAGGCCAGGAGUGUUUUUUGGUCUCAAAAUCAUGGCUGGCUAACGUACCGGAUGAUUUAUCACCAAAACACACCAUCGAAGAUUGGGCCUCAAUACCACCAGUGGACAAUACGGACAUCAUUUUAGAGGUUAUAGAUGACCCAUGUGUUGGAAGCGGUGUGGAUGAUGUUCUGAAGAAAAAGUUUGUGCGGUUGAAGCCAGGUUACGAUUCCGAGCAGUUUGAGCCUUUUCCAAGAGAUGCCUGGGAUCUACUUAUGAUAUGGCCCGGAUUGAAGGAGGGCCAAAUACCUAUCCUCCGUUUGGCACACGCUACAACAGAUGAUGGCAAAAAUGUCAUGUGGGAGUGGCAUCCGCCCGUACUUACCAUGUAUCGACUUUGGUCUGCCAUCAGCGAGUUGCCGAUCGAUGCAGCUAUGAAGGCUACAAAUCCACCGCCUGCGAGACUUGUGCGAAGUCGCUCAACAAAGUUUCAGACUUUCCUAAAACAGGCGAAAAGAGUUACUGGAAUAGACUUGUCACAGAGAGUUCGAGCUUGGAGCGUUUUACAGCCACCUGUUGGCCAGACAUCAGCAUGGAACCAUCUUCUCUUGGACGUCGAAUCUUUUCUAGCUCUUGAGAGAGGCCAGGAAAGAGAUAUCAUCGAGAUGGGCGAUCGGACAGACCAGCAAAACCCUAAAUCCAGUAAAACGCUAGGUCAUUUCAGCAUCUCGCAGGACCAGGCCAUUGUCUUGGACCCUCACGAAAGCGGUACCAACUGGACCUCGACCUUAACAUCUUCUCAGGCACGGACAUCGCUACCGUCUAGAAACAGCUCUACCACCAAUCUAACUGUACAGAACCGAAAUGCUAAAAGCGGGCGGACUAGCCCAGUAUCCCAGGGAUAUUUUACGCGGGGUAGAACAAAGUCUGGUAGAACCCCUGGCUGCGUAGGGCUAGCAAACCUGGGCAACACCUGUUAUAUGAAUGCCGCCCUUCAGUGCGUUAGAAGUGUCGAGGAGUUAACCAAGUAUUUCCUUUCGGGAGAGUGGGAAUUGGAGCUCAAUAAAGAGAACGUCCUCUCUCAUAAUGGCGACGUGGCCGCUGCCUAUGCUCACUUGCUGAAAGAGAUCUAUAAGGACUCCACACCAGGCUCCGUGUCGCCCCGCCAGUUCAAAACUACGAUAGGCCGAUAUUCUACGGGAUUUUCGGGUUAUGGUCAGCAAGACUCACAAGAGUUUCUUGGAUUUUUACUGGAUGGGUUACAAGAAGAUCUUAGCCGAAUUAAGAAGAAGCCUUAUAUCGAAAAACCGGACUCGACGGACGAAAUGGUCAACGACCCGGCCGCUAUCCGAGAGAUGGCGGAUAAAGUAUGGGACAUUACCAAGAAACGUGACGACUCUGUCAUAGGCGACCUCUUCACUGGCUUGUACAAAUCGACUCUGGUUUGCCCAGAAUGUCGGAAGGUCAGCAUCACAUUCGACCCAUUCAACAAUCUAACAUUGCCUCUUCCCGUAGAGAAUAAGUGGAAUCACACUGUCAAAUUCUUUCCCCUAAAUGAUCGGCCGGUCGAUAUUAGGGUUGAGCUUGACAAGCACGCCAGCAUCAAAUCUCUGAAGGAGUUCUUGUCUCUUAAAACCGGCGUGCCAGCUGAGCGUUUGUUUGGCGCGGAAGAGUGGAAAGGCAAGUUUUAUAAAUACUACUCUGACGUUACCGUUGCUUCGGAAGAGAUUGGACAAAAUGACAAUCCUUGGUUUUUCGAGCUGGAGGCGAAGCCUACGAACUACGGUCCCAAACCACAAAAACAGCAAAAGUACGGGGUAGCAGUUAGAUCUUUGGUUGACGAGGAAGAGCACGAUGCCUCGGUUUCAUGGAAUGACGAGCAGGCUGAAAAACUGCUUGUUCCCGUCUUCCAUCGCCGCCCAGUAGUUUCAAAGAGCAGUUUCCAACAUAACAAAUGGACUCAAGGCUGUGCUCCUUUUUUCAUUACUGUUACGCCCGAAGAGGCCAAGAGCGAGGACGCCAUCCGCCGGAAGAUCCUAGAAAAGAUAGUGACAUUAACAAAAAGCCCUACCUUUGCACGUGGGGAGGAUUCGGAAGGUUCUGAUAAUACCGACCUUGAGAUUAUAGCAGGGUCCGACGCUGGUUCCUCAAAUGAAGGUAGAGUCGUUGCCAAAUCCGUUAAAGGCGAAGAUGACAUGGUUGACGUACAGAUGAAAGAUGGCGAGGUUCGAAGCAGCACAUCGGGGAAGCAAUUCUGCCACAAGAGACCGGCUUGGACGGCACCGGGGUCGUUCCUCCCUUCCCAUCUCCAGAAUCUGUUUGAAAUAUGCAUCUAUUCGGAAUCGGGAGCAUCGUUACCGACUGGGAUGAAUAACAUCAGUGAUGACAAAUCAUAUCCAAGACUCUCGGUCAGGAUUCCGCCUGAGUCUUCUUCGGAAGACCAGGGCGACAACGUAACCAAUGGUACGGCCUCUAAUGAGGAAUCUAGCUCGGAUGAAGCGCCCCGGCAGAGCAUCGAGCAGCCUUUCACGCGCAUGCAAGACGAAAGUGAUGACGACAAUCUCGGCCCAGUCAUCAAGGUGCGUACCAACCAAUUCCUCCUCAGCAACCUGAAGUCGCACGCUGCAAAGAUGCGUUGUCUCAAUCCAACACUGACGAAUAACCAGCCAAACCAUCACCGCGCCAAGCAGAAUGGACGGGCUAAGGGCAAAAAUAAGCAGCAGAAGCACAAUAAGACGACCAAGAUUUACGGCAAGGGCGGCAAGAAGAAGUUACGACAACAACAACAACAACAGCGCCAGUCAAAGGAGAAGCAGCACCACAUGGAACUGGAAGAAACGUUCAACGUAGGCGAGCCUAGUCCCGAUGGAGGUCCCUUGAUUCGUUUAAGAGAAGCUCUUAUUAUCGACUGGUAUGAGGAUGCUUAUGAUGCCGUCUUUACCGAUAGCAGUGCGUCAAGCAGUGUCAACUCGCUUGCAACGUGGCUUGCCUGCGAGACUCUUCCCGAUCCUGAGCUAGACAAAGUACAGGCGACUCGAACUAGGCGUCGCAAGAACGGUAUCACUCUUGAGGCAUGUCUUGACGAGUUCGAGCGGGAAGAAAUCCUUUCCGAGCAGGAUAUGUGGUAUUGUCCUCGCUGCAAAGAGCACAGGCGUGCUAGCAAGAAAUUUGACCUGUGGAAGACCCCCGACAUUCUUGUCAUCCAUCUUAAGAGAUUUAGCUCUAGUGGCUUUAGACGAGACAAGCUAGAGGUUCUGGUAGACUUCCCUCUUGAGAAUCUGGACAUAACUUCUCGAGUUCUUCAGAAGGAAGACGGAAAACAAGAAGUUUAUGACCUGAUUGGAGUUGACUGCCACUGGGGUGGCCUGGGUGGCGGUCAUUACACUGCCCAUGCAAAAAACUUUGUGGACGGUCAAUGGUACACGUAUAAUGUAUCUCGAGCGUCUCCAGACAGGAUUGUGGACUCAUCGGCGUAUCUAUUGUUCUAUCGCCGACGGUCGGAGGCCGCUCUGGGCGGUCCUCGCUUCCAACAAAUAGUAGAUAGAUUCCGAGACGAUGGAUCUGAUGGUGAAGUCCCCGAGUCGGGGGAAGGUCGGCGUCUCGGCGAAGGCUUCUCCCAGAAUGGGUCGUCGAGCGCGUUACAAGAAGCAGGAGCUACUCGCCUGGUCGCAAGCACUGGUGGUAAAUCGACAAACGGCUUUGCUUUGAACGGCGCGGGGGAUAAAUGGGGCGUUAAGACUAUUAAUGACAUCCUUGAGCACUCCUCUGAAGAUCUCCAACGAAGCAUCGAAGACGAUGAAGGCAUCGAUCUAACCGAAGACACGGCACAGCCAACGGGCUUUCAACCGCUUACAAAUGGCAAUUCUUGGAGCUUUGACAACCUUUUACCCAACGAUAUAGCAGAUAUUGAUAACCCACCCUCGGAGAGCCCCUUCGACUCCGGUGCUGCCUCGGACGCGGCGCAACAUGAUUCAUCCGGUGAUGAACGUGUGCUUAGUCCUCGUGAAAUGGAUUUCGAACCGGACCAGGGGCCAAAUUACCCAGGCAUGUCGCAUUAUGAGUUGUCGCCGCCUGAGACAAAUGUACCCUCGUACAGUGAAAUCCCGCCUCCCGAUUAUCGAGGGGAGAUAACUCAGGACGACAUAAACCAGAUUUGGGAUCAAAAGAACGCAGUCCACACAGUUGCACCCGAAGGUGAGAAUGAUACGCGCUCCGAAGAGGCAGCGGAAAUUCACAUCGGGGAAGACGAUAAGAUCAAAUUCACCUAGUUAGACGUUUCCAACUAUUGGGUUUCAGAUGGGGGGCACCAUACCAAUGAAACAGGAGUCUACUAGGCGAAGGUCUUCGCCCUGCCCUAUCAGUAGGGAAAGGGCAAAUAUCGACGCCCGGUGUAUAUUAUCCAGUGGGCUGCUAGCAGCU